CUCAAUUCAUGAAGGAUGUGUUGAUAAAUCUUUCGGAAAAACAAAAGCAAGCUAUUCGGAACAUUGGUUUUGGAGGCUUUUUGGAAUUGGAUUUACCAAUCCAUAUUAAUUCUACGUUGACAGAAAACUUGGUUACGAAUUUUGACACGGAGAGAUGUUGUUUGAUGUUACCAAAGAGAAAACAAGAAAUCUUUUUGGAGGCAAUUGAUGUUCAUUUGGCUUAUGGGUUGCCAUUGGGAGGCAAAAGGAUUGAGCAACCAAAUGAUGAGUCAAAUCUGAAAUGGAGCAAGUUUCUAAAAGCUUGGAGAAGCAAGUUUGGCCUCAAAAAAGGAAGUCCAACCAACAAGAGAUUGAUUGACAGAAUUCAAGAAUUGAAGAAGGAAAAAUCAGUUUCUGAUGAAUUUCUUUGGAACUUUGUGGUAUGUGUUGUCAAUUGUUGCAUUCGAUCAACAAACAACCCACAACUAUACAUUAAAUUCUUGUAUAGUUGUAUGGAUGUAAAGAAAAUUGCUGAAUUGGAUUGGUGCACAUUUGUGAUUGAGCACUUGAAAGAUUCUGUAAGUGUAUGGAAGAAGGGAAAUUCUUACUUUACAGGUCCUUUACCUUUUCUAAUGGUAUUCUAUUUUGAUCGUCUACAAAGAGGAGGGUUAGAAAAACCAAGAAAAUGUCCACUAAUUUCGGUGUGGACAAAGGAAAGGAUUCAAGUGAGAUAUAAGUUUGAAAAAGAUCAUGGAUUUGGAUAUGGAAAACUCUUGGAAAGAAUGGAAUCAAUUGUGAAGGCACCAAAAGGAAAAAAGAAACAACCAAAACAAAAGGAAAAAGAGAAGAGAAUGGAAAAAUCAUCAAUAGGUUCUAGUUCUACAACUUCUCGAAAUGACAUGAUGGGCUUUUUGAGCAAAUUUGGAGAUUUGGCAAAAACACUUGCCUCGAAUGUUAAAGAGAUGUAUGGCAUGUUAGAACAAGCAAAAGAUCUUUUUGUUGAGGAAGAAACAACAGGAAAAAUGCAACAUCUCAUAGACAACAUAUGGUGCAAGUACACAACAAAGACAUUCGUGAACCAAGAAGAAAGAAAAGCCCUUCUAUACUCAGCCAAGAUCAACAUGUCUUCGAUGAACCGGCAUUUAUUGAAGAAUUGGAUAUGGUUAUGGAUAAGGCAUGGAAGAAAUUCGAGGAAACAAGGUCACCAAAGUCACCGACAGUUGCAGAUUUGAGAUCAAAGGAAGAGGAAAAAGAUAAGAACAAAGAAGAGAGAAAUGAAGAGAAUAAAGACAAAAACUUGUUGAUUCCCUCACCAGUAGUUGAUUUGGGAUCAAAAGAAGAAGAAAAAGAGCAGUACAGAAAAGAGAGAAACGAGGAGGAAAAAAUUGAGAAGAAAGAGAAAAGGAAUGAGGAGUCACCAAAAACCCCAAUUCCUCCAAAAAAGAAGCAACCUUUUGAUAUAACUCCUCCAAGUUUCAAGUUAUUGACCCCCUCACCAGCAGUUG